AUGAUGGCGCGAAUGAAGCUGAAGAAACUCGAAGAGUACCUGCAGGGAAUUGAUGGCUUUGAGGAUCCCAAGAUCCUCCUGGAACAGUACCAGACACCUCCACACAUUGCCAGCUGUAUGCUUUAUGAAAUUCAGAGUCAAUUUGGUGAUCUUGAGGGCAAAAUAGUGGCUGAUUUAGGCUGUGGAUCAGGAAUGUUGAGCAUUGGGGCAUUCCUCCUUGGGGCCACCCACACAGUUGGCUUUGAAAUUGAUCCUGAUGCCUCCAGUAUCUUCGUGGAAAAUGUGACGGAAAUGGAGAUUCCGAGCGUCGACUGUAUCCACUGCGACGUCUUGCGUCUUCCGGAGGCGCGUUUCAGCAAAGCUUUCGACACAGUCGUGAUGAAUCCGCCAUUUGGGACCAAAAAGAACGCCGGAAUGGACAUGAAAUUCCUCCAGGUGGGAAUUUCACUCGCAACAACGGCCGUCUAUUCGCUCCACAAGACCUCAACGAGGGACUUUGUAAGGAAGAGUGCAGCGCAGUUGCAGGUGGAACCGAAAGUUGUGGCCCAGCUGCGCUACAAUCUCGAUUCAGCGUACAAAUUCCACAAGAAAAAAUCCGUGGACAUUGAUGUGGAUUUCUGGAGGUUCCAACUACCCAACUCUACGGGAGAUUCAGUGCGAGAGUGAGACAGAGAAUAAAUUAAUUUUAUAGCCUAAGGACCAUUAAUGAUUGUUUUAACUAGAAUAAAUGGAAUUAAUCUGAAAA